AGACGCAGUUUAUCUUGACUCACUGCAGCGUUUUGACGAUUGUGCCGUCGGUAGCGGGAGAGACGAAGUGCUUUCACAGCUUUCUCUUUUACUAUCUAACUAUUUGCUGUACAGCUGUUAAGUACUCUGUCGUGAAUUAGCCGUCGUCACCGGUUUCAACUCAUUUGUCAUUAUGCCAAGAGGCGGUAAGUACUUUAACAGAAGGUUCAUGUUACAUACCAUACCUUAGCGGGCUAGUUUUAGCUAGCUGGAGGUUAGCUAAGGUACUAUGAAAUCCCGUUGAACCCUCACAUGCUGAGUCUUUAGCAUGCUAACCGGUUAGCAGGGAGGAUCUGCGAAUAAGAGGGCUAAAAGAAAACAGCCGGUGGAAAAGUCAGCAGCUGACUUUGUUAAAGGUGUUGACAUAAACAAAGCCAUUAGCUUGUUGUUAGUUAGAGUAUUUAUUUAGAUUAGUAUGUCUUUAUGUGUCGAACCGCCAGCACCAUGUGCACACAAGACAACCAGUUUAAUUUAAGAAUUUACUGUUUAAUCUUAAGUUAAAAAUAGUGUUUAUUAUAAUUUUAAAGGUAUUUCCCUGUGUAUAUUGUCAGUGUGUGGCUCCUUUCCACUCCUGUCCUGGUUCAGACUCACCUGUUGGGACAUUUGCCGGUGGUAGGAGCCGGUUAACAGUGAACGUCAUGUGUGUGUUAUCUAUCUACACACACACACACACAUACACACAACUCUGACCCGGAAAUCUGUGUGACAGCUCUCAAAGAAAACUUGAAAUAAGUGUUACAGGUCUAAGGUCAAAGGAUAGCAACUGCUGUUCUGGAAACGGUCGAUUACAUUACAAUAACAAAUUACAUUAUAAAUAAAAAGUUAUGCUGUGGUGAAUUUAUCUGUCAAAAGAAGGAUUUAUAAAGUCUAUCAAAGUUUCAUUAUAUUUUUCAAAGUUUUUUUUAAACUCAUGACACCUCAAAUGGCUUGCCAGAAAACUUAGAGAAAACCUCUUUUUUUGAAGAAGCACUGUAGGUGUGGUUGAGUCUCAAUACCCCUGAAAGGUAUUUAAAGUAAAAUAAAGGGGAUAAACUUAGACGUAUUCAUAGCCGAAAAGGCCCUUCUUAUGAGAGACACUAACAAGCUGUUAUCGGCAUCCCACACAUAUCAAAACAGAAACUAAAAAAGUAUAGAUGCAAGUGUACAAACAGCAGAUCAUAAAUGGCCAUAAAAUAUAAGAGACAAUUAUUUACAAAUUCAUGUAGAAACACAGUCUGUGUAUUAUCCAUCCAUUCAAUUUAGUAAACAAAAAACGAAGAAAACAAGUCAAUAUUUUGUCGAUUUGUUUUUCUAUAUAACCAAAAAAUAUAAGAUUAGAGUUUGUUUUCGUAUUUUCAGUUCAAAACAGAAUGUAUAGUAGAGAUGGAAACAAAAUAAUAAAUCUACAUCUAAUAAAUCUAAUAAUUUACAACCAGAGCUCUGUUACAACGUAAGAUUUUGGCGCUCGAACCGCUCUGUCGCAUCUUUCGCCAUGGUAACUGUCGCUGAGGAUCAUAGGAAGGCCAAUGUAGCCUCCAUGCACGUACGCUCAAAACAGGCACACUCAAAAUCAAUAAUGGUAAAUAAGUUUAUAUUUCGUUUUCGUUUCCUUCUCUAUUAUAUAUUCUGUUUUAAGCUGAAGAUACGACAACAAACGCUAUUUUUUCAUUUUUUGGUUACACAGAAAAACAAACAAAAUAUUGACUUUUUUUUCAUUUACUAGAUUGAAUGGAAUAAUUGAAUGGCCGGAUAAUACACGGACCAAAGACAAGGAGCCUUAAUCUAAAAUAAUUAUCUAUCUGAAAAUUAAAUAUUAUUUUGGGUUGUCAAGAUUCUACUAAAAUUCUACUAGGCAAAAUAUAAUCAGGGCAAAAUCGUGCAUUAAUCAGAUUUUAACAAAAAUUUGAAAACUUUUUGUUUUUGGUAAAAAAAAUGCACCAGACUAAAUGAAACACAAUAAAGCAUUAUAUAUGCACCCUGGUUUUUAUGUAUAAAACUUAGUGUAGUGAGGGUAUUGAUUGUGAAGUUGCUGAAUCAUUAAGGGAUGCUUUAUAUUUGUUAACUUAUUUCAGUUUUGUUCUGUUUGGUUAGUUUCAUACCUUUGUCUCUUAAAUUUGCUGAUUCCAGGUAGUUCUGUUGUGAUGUGUCAUAUUGUAUGUGGUUUGAUGUUGUAUUUUGUGAUGUGUAAAUCUGCAUGCACCGCAUAAAAAAAAAACUGUACAACAUAAUUUUACCCAAUAUUCUGUCACCACCAUUCAAGUGUGGAGUCCAGCUUUUAGUUUAGAAAUAAAGCUCAUUCAAGGAUGGACUGAUUUUAGUGCCUUCUCAUCAUAUUACCCAGUACAGUCAUAACAUUUAAGGUGUGUGUCUAACAUGAGUUUGUAAGUUUUAAAUGAUCAUUAUCAAAAUACAAAAAAGAGUUUGUUUCUGUGUAUUUGUCAAUAACAAUCUGAACAACUGUGUUUCAGGGAAAAGGAGCCACAAAGGCAGAGGGAAGCAGUUCAGCAACCCUGAGGAGAUUGAUCGCCAGAUGAAAGCCCAGAAGGAGGCGGUGAGUCCCAGACCUGGUUUACAGAUGUGAAGUUAUCAUCAGAAGAGAUCUGAUGUGAUUGAAUGUGUGUGUCAACAGGAAGAAAAUGCCGGUGCAGAGAAGGGGAGCUCUUCAGAGUCCGGGGACGAGAACAGCAGUGAUGAUGAAAAUGAUGUGAGUAACAGUGGGCUCAAAUGUAAACACGCAAGAAGAACAACUGUCGCCACUUAACAAGAUAACCAACCUCUGCCUUUAUUUACCUUCUUUUGACUCUUGAUUUUCUGUCUUACUGAUGUUACGAAUAUGUUUCUUACUGUGCACAGUCCAGGAAAAGGAGCGGAGUGGAGGGGCUCAUAGAGAUUGAGAAUCCAAACCGUGUUUCUCAGAAAAGCAAGAAAGUGGCAGAAUUAGACCUCAAUGCUCCCAAAGAGCUGACUCGCCGUGAGAGGUAGGUGUCAUCCUGUCGACGAGGAGAGGAAUGCUUGUAUUUUUGCUGCUGUAUCACAGUCUUUAUCUUAAUACUGCUGUUUAGUGGCUAACCCUGGUUGAAUACAUACUUUCUAAUUCUUAAUUUGAAUUGUAGAUCACUCUGUUUUGUGUGUGCCCUCCUCUUGUCUCUUCCAGAGAGGAGAUAGAAAAGCAGAAGUCAAAGGAGCGCUACAUGAAGCUUCAUCUGGAGGGGAAGACUGAGCAGGCCAGGGCUGACCUAGCAAGACUAGCGAUCAUCAAGAAACAGAGGGAGGAAGCUGCCAAGAAGAGAGAUGAACUCAGGAAAGGUAAGCAGAGAAAUGAACAGAUUAGGGCUGGGCGACAUGGCCUCAAAUCAAUAUCACGAUAUAUUGAGCAGUUCACCUCGAUAACAAUAAAUGGACGAUAACUACUCCACAAGCUGCUCAGCCCCUCCCACAUUAACUUUGUCUACUUCAGCCACCGCUCCAGCUGCUACAACUUUUGAACCGUCCUCCAUCUCCUCACCUGUCUUUCUCUUUUUGUUACUGACUGGAUGGGGUGGAGUCACGUCUCUGAUGUAGGACAGCGUCUUUAAGGGACAUGAGACCGUAGCCUACCUUCACACAUCCAAAACCAACUUAUUUAUUUAUUUAUAUGACACUGAAUAUAUUGACAUGGGCAAAAUGACGUCGGUUAUUGUCGUAAAUUUAUAUCGCCCAGCCCUAGAACAGAUUCAUCUGUUCAGGAAAAUUAAAAGCAAUUCCAUCACUGCUGACUGCUUUGGUUUCUCGUGAGGUUAAAGAGAAGGUUAGAUUAGAGCACAUCAUUGCGCAACCAUUGCAACACAUGUUUCUCUGAGGGGAGCUUUUAUGCAUAAAAGCUGCUGAUAGAGACAUGAUGAUUCAGUUAUCUUAGGUGAACUUAAAAAGUGGUUUUAAAGAUGUGUCUAUACAUGUGUGCCUUGGCAUUUAAAUGUUCAGUGCAGAAAUGGGAAUAUUUUGCUAUAGCUAGUCAGGUGCUACAUCUAACCGCUCGCCUGCUCACUCCUCCCAUCUAUAAGGCAUUGGCAGCCCUCAAGGACAAAAAACUCCUCUGCUGCAUGAUCAGUGUAGUCCUCCAUUUCUUAAGUUCCAGUUUUAAAGAAAUGUCGAUUAAGAACAAGAUGUUACACGUAAAGAACCACUACUGCCUCCUAAUAUGGACCAAUGACUUAUUUUUGGUACAAUAUUAUUGUUUCAUAUUUUUAAAAAGAUAGUUAUUGACAUUACCAGUUAUUGUGACAGCACUAUUUUAGGUAGAAAAUCACACUACAGAAAUAGUCAAUCUUUAUGCUAAUGUAAUGUUUGGUUUUGUUGCUCAUUUAAAGGCAUCGUCAGCAAUUUCGGUCGUUUUUAAAAUAAGAUAAAAACUUCCCAAGAGCUUUACUUUCAGCUGCACUUUUACUUUGUCUUUAGGAACAGUAUUCAAAGUGGUUGAAAGCAAUACUAUGAAAUGAAUCUUUGCACGUUAUUUCUUGUUUUCAGAAAAAGAAGCUGAAGAAGCCAAAGCAAAGCGCUAGUCCUUCACCUUCAAGCUUCAACAUGCACUUCAGUCUCAGAGGGAAGGAGAGAGAAGGAGAUCUGGAGGAGUAGAAAGGGUAGGGGACCAAUUCAAGUGGCGUCAGAUCAGGGAUGCUCCCGAACUCCCGACCCUCACUUCAAAUCAGAGGGGCGUGGGUUUUUCUAUGACCAUGUUGUCAGGACAGGGGAAGCGGGCGGAGCAAAGCAAGAUGAAGAGGACUGCAACAUUUGGGAUGCCUCUAGUUUUCUUUCACAGUUCCUAUGAGGAGACAAUCGCAGGAUUUCCAAGUGCUUCACUCCCUCUUUUCUCUUCCCUGCUGACUGUGGUUUUAAUGCUAAAGCUGCUGAAGUUAUUUCCAUUCCUUUUGAUUCAUAGAUAUUUACCUUUGUACAAGUUAACCAAACAACUGGACAGAUAUCACAGUGAGCGUGCAUGAGGAUUUUUCUUUUUGGUGCUUUUCUUUUCCUUCCAUCUCACCCGCUUCGGACAAAGCUAAAUCAGUGACGGGUGGAGGAAAGAACACUAUUCAGAGGAAAAACUGAUAUAUAGGAAUUAUACAAUGUAGUUUAGUAUUUGUGGAUAUAUUGCACAAAACAGGUAUAAUUUUGCUAAAAAAAAAUUCAUGUUCAAACUCAAAAAUUCAGCUUUUCCACCAUCCUUUUUCCGUCUCAGUUUUUGUGUCCCUGGUUUUGAGCCCCAUUUUUAAAUCACAGCUGAAAGACUUAGGUGUCCCCCUACCGCAGUACGUGUAUAGAAAGUAGAACAUUUAGCAUCCUUUACUUUACAGUUAUCUUUUCAGGAAAUGUAAAUUCAGCUUAUUUUGAAUUAUGUUACAGCUGACAAUUCAAAAGUGUCUCAGAAAGGGGUUUUAAGUUCCUUUUCUCGGAGCACUUAGACUAUUACUUGAAUUGCCUAAAAGAAUAAUUUUUUAAGUUCAAGUUAGACAUCAGUGCUGGGAAGCAGUAACUGUGGCCUUGCCCUGUUUAUGAUGGGACCCUCUACGGUCCUAAAGGAGGAAUUGUGUCUUCUAUUGCCUUUAAAGUUUACACAAGACCAGUUCACUGUCUUUCUCCUGGAAUUAAAGUGCUACACAAACCCAUCACCGAGUUAGUUUAUUAGUUGCACUUAGAAUGUAAUAUAAUCCUGUACCAGCACCACUAUUAGCAGUCUUCAAAACGAUCAGUUUAAAGAAAAUUUAACUUUUAACAGCAGGAGCUCUUGUAUUGUUGAGACUGCACAGGUGUACAGAAUAAGCUCGUAAUAAGCUCAGGAUCCGGAGAAUUUGGGAAGGCCUCGAUCAGGAACAAUAUUCCCUGUAAUAGAAGUAGCUUUAAGAACAAACUGUUAAAACCACAAGAUUAAGAAGUGUAGCUGCAGCUAAAAAAUACAACAUUUUCAAGUUUAUCAUCAUGUAUUUUAAGUCAUUUUAAAGAAUAAAGUCAUCAAGAAAUAACUUGUGCUCUUA